AUGGCGGAUCGGAGUGGAAGUAUAGAGCGGCCACGAAGUCUCGAUAAACCUCGUGGAAGUACGACUGAAGACAAUGCAUCUUCGUCUCAGGAACCUCAAACCCUAGGAAGACCGGAUUUCUCUAUUUUACCAUCCAUCUUGGAAACAAAGACUCCACCGAUGAGUAGAGCACCGUCAAUAGCCGAGAAUAAUAGGAUAGCGCCUAUGAUCCAGGAAACCGCACCUACUCCUCAGACUGAAGAGCCCAACCCUUUUGGUGACGAUGCUGAGCCAGUCAACCAAGACGAAGAAGACCCGAGAGUCACGCACCUUUCCAGAGCUGGAACAUCACCUGUGCCUCCGAGAAGUGCUCGCAGUCCUACGACAGCAUUCCCAUUAACCACCCGACCUCGAGGCAGGACCGAGUCUUCACGAAAUCCUAGCAUACGAUCGCGACCCAUAUCACCUCAUUCUCAGAACCUCCGAAGGCAAGCUUCGUCCAUUGUGACGUCUCCUGGACUGGCUUCCCAAGAUUAUUCCUUGGAUAGGAGGGAGAGUGAGGUAUCACAUUCUCGUAGGCAGAGACCACGAGCAAAUACUGCCUCUCAAGCCUUUGUCUCUCCAGGUCUGACAAAAAGAGGAACCUGGGCAACAGUUUCUCGCAAUCGAGGCAAUUCCAUAAGAAGGAGGCCCACAGUAGUCAUAGCAUCCGGACGCGAUGCAGAUUCUCAAUCGAUUCCUGGUGACUUCAGUUUGGCAGGGCCACCACCAGUGGAGGUUUUGGCUUCCAAUCAACCGUAUGUCGACCCAGGAUAUGCGGAGCUGAACCCAGCUUACGACCAACCACCUAACACACGCCCGGUAUGGGGACUUGCUGGACCUCUACCCAGGGUUGUUCGACCUGGAAUGAUACCAACGAGGAGCGAACUGAAUCUCGGCAACGAAACUGGCAACGAAAAGGUGGACGAGGAUGAGCAUCCAGACUUGGAACAAGGCCGGAUUGAACCUACCUUCCGUCUAGAUCGGAUAUCGUCGCAGCUUCAGAGUGCGAGACAGAGAAGGGAAGAAAAUUUGAUGCGGACGUAUAGCCGCACGAACUCCUUCGCUCCUUCAGUAACUUCUCCGAUCACGCCGAGUGGAAGAAUAAAUCCUAGCAUUGAUGUGGCACUGGAUGAACAAGACCCUAAUUUGACGAAAUUACAAAGUAUACAAGAAAUCCCUCCAUCGAACGAACCCCAGCUUUAUCCCGACGAUGCUUCCACUACGACUACUGAACAUGAACAUGAUCAUGACCAUGAACAUGAUGGUUUUGAUGAUGACGGUCAUUGGGUCGAGGACUAUGAGAUAAAACCAAACUAUGGCAUGGCUGAGGAUGAAAUUCAUAAUCUGCACACCCAUUGGAGUGUCAUCCGAUUAAGAUUUAGAGAGCCCUUAGCUGAGCUGCUUGCUGUUAUUGUCCAGCUUACUCUUGGAUUCUGCGCCAAUCUUGCGGUUACCACAUCCAAUGGAUCAGCCGGCGUGGCAGACACGACAUGCUGGGCAUGGGGUCUUGCAACAAUGGUCGCAAUCUACAUAGCUGGUGGUAUAUCUGGUGCUCACCUCAAUCCAGCUAUCUCUCUGAUGCUUUACAUCUACCGCGGAUUUCCGCUUCGCAAGAUCCCAAUUUAUGUCUUCGCCCAGUUGCUCGGUGCUUUUAUCGCUGCUCUAAUCGCAUUCGGUGUCUUUCGGGCAGACAUAGUCAACUACGGUGGUGCAAAUCUGGCAACUGGACAUACACUCAGCAGUUUCAUCACGUAUCCUCGACACGUGUGGAUUGAUGCCUCAACAGCUUUCUUUACAGAAUUCACCGCGACUUCCAUACUAGCGGUUGCCGUACUCGCUCUUGGAGACGAUGCCAAUGCACCGCCUGGAGCAGGCAUGUCUGCAUUGAUCAUUGGUCUCUUGAUCACUGUUCUUUCAAUGGCAUUCGGCUACAAUACUGGAUGUGCCAUGAAUCCUGCACGCGAUCUUGGUCCUCGCUUAGCAGUUCUUGCUCUGGGUUAUGGCGGUGGUAAUACAUUUGGCAACAGUUAUUGGGUUUGGGGCCCUUGGUGUGCGACAAUCAGCGGCGCGAUAUUUGGUGCUUUCUUAUAUGAUGCUCUCAUAUUUGUUGGAGGCGAGAGUCCAGUCAAUUAUCCAAGGAAGCGAAUCAAGCGAGCAGGAACUAAGUGGAAGAGGAGAUGGGCUGGUAGAAUCAAAAAUGCCAAGAAGAAGAUGAAGUCUGGGGGUGUGAAGGCUUGA